AUGUCUGGCACGUCAUCAGCCUUGAUCGAAGAAGGAUUGUCCUUGUUAAACUUGAAAUCCUCGCUGAGUCCAAACGUUCGACCAGUCAGUCCGGAUUUAUUGGAACGUGCUACUCCAAGUCCUGAUUUCGGACUUUCUUCUCAUACUGCAGAUGGCGGAAAAGUUUUGUUGAGAAACGUUUGUGUACUUGCGAAAGUCAGAACUCCAAAGUUCAAGAGAAUAGACUUUGAUGACAGACUUGAAGAUUUGAAUCCAAACAAGCCGGCAUGGAAAUCAUGGCAAGAAAACAUCAAAGAUUCUUACAACAAGGCAAAAGUGAGUGCUGAGAAAAAACGCGAAGAAAAUGAAUUCAUGGAGAACAUGAUGCUGGGACGACCACGUCCAAUUCGUGGAGAGAGUCCAUACAGAAACUUGUCUAUGGAAACAGGAUUCAUUCCAUCAGUCCGAUCCCGUAGCAGUGUGAUGGGUCCAUCAUUAGCUGAUCGCUCUCGUUUGGCAACUUCUUCGUCAUAUUCAAACAUGUUCAACGGUAAAUUCGGCAUUUUCAUCUGUUUAUUUAAUACUUUAUUCUUGCAAACAGCUGGAUCUGGACCAUAUGCAGCGCCAGCUCUGAGCAUUUCUCAAGGAAUCGAAUCGAGAUAUGAGGAAAGAGCAAACAAUGUCGAGCUAAUGCUUCUUAAAACAGCAUCACUACCGGAACGCUAUAAAACUAUCACAACUCGUGAGUUCCGAAAGGCCCCAGACCCGUCUGCCGGAAGCUAUUCAGAGAAAGAUGACUAUGAUUUUUCGCAUUACACAACCGCUCGUCCUUAUUACUCUCGUCCAAAUCGAGAUGAUCCAGACUAUUUUGAUUUUGAUCUCCAACAUUCUGUUGAUAUGUUUAAACGUCCAGAAGGAAAAUACACGCCAAGAAGACCGCAAGAAUGGGAGAACAAACUGAUUUCUGAAUCUGCUUCGAAAGGUACUGCACCACUUUCCGGACACAUGUUCACAAAGCCUGAUGUUGAUUGGAGAAACAAUGGAACUUCAUAUUUGAGCGCAGCUCUCCGUACCCCAAAAUUCUGGGAACAAAGAUUUGAGAACAUUGGAAAACAUGUUAGAGACAGCAACCCUAUCAGUUUGGAGAGCAUCAACAGAAACCGUCCAGUUACUAGCCGCUUCACCGAUUAUCAAGAUCCAGAUUACGACGAUUAUGAGGAUCCGUUGGACGAUUGA